GGGGUUGCAUUUCAUCACAGUAUAAAAUGGGCAAAUCCAUCACUUUCCUCUGCUCAGUGCUCUUGAAUCGAGAUUGAAGGGAAAAUUAGAAGCUGUUCAUUUGGGCUUGCAGGCUCAGAAGCAUUGCACAGCUUCCGUUUAUGCUCUGCGGUGUCCUGUUGAAAAGGGUCAACACGUGCUGGGGAGGGUUCAGAGAGGCUGAGGCUGGCGUCACCUUCUGUUGCUACGGUAACGAGUUCUGGCCAUUUUAUCUGAAAAAGGAAGUCCAGUGGACGGGAUCUAAGUGAACAUUUUUUCUUCUCAAAACUCUGUGUUUGAAAGAGCAAGGAUGGAUUAUCCCAAAAUGGAUUAUUUUCUGGAUGUGGAGUCUGCUCAUAGACUCUUGGAUGUUGAGUCAGCUCAAAGAUUCUUCUACAGUCAAGGAGCUCAAGCUCGCCGGGCGACCCUGCUCCUGCCUCCCACAUUAAUGGCGACAUCCUCGGAGGAUGAUAUAGACCGGCGGCCCAUCAGAAGAGUCCGCUCCAAGAGCGACACGCCAUACCUCGCCGAGGCCAGGAUCUCCUUCAACCUGGGGGCAGCCGAGGAAGUGGAGAGGCUGGCGGCGAUGCGUUCUGACUCCCUGGUCCCAGGUACCCACACCCCACCCAUCCGGAGGAGAAGUAAGUUUGCCAACCUGGGAAGGAUUUUCAAGCCUUGGAAGUGGAGGAAGAAGAAAAGUGAAAAGUUCAAACACACAUCAGCCG